AUGUCUUUGUUCUAUUAUUCCCAAGAUUCUGUUUUUGUGUAUGUUUUGGUCUAUGUUGAUGACAUACUUGUGAUGGGGAGUAGUACGAAUCUAGUCAACGAGCUAUUGACUAAACUCUCUACUGAAUUCAAGAUUAGGGAUCUUGAUGAACCUGGUUUCUUUCUUGAAAUUGAGACUGUUAAAUGUGAUAAUGGAAUCUUGCUUUCCCAGCAACGGUACAUGACAGACAUUUUGAAUCGUGCUGAAUCUAGGGAGUUGCAUGCUUUUUCUGAUUCUGAUUGGGCUGGCUUAUAUCCCGAGGACCGUAAGUCAACUAGUGGCUAUGCUGUGUUUCUUGGAUCCAAUCUUAUGUCUUGGGUAUGUAAGAAACAAAGAACUGUUGCUAGAUCUCCUACGGAGGCUGAAUAUAAAGCUUUAGUAGAUGUUUGUGCUGAAGUAAUUUGGAUUCUAUCUCUAUUGCGUGAGAUUGACGUGAAUAACAUUUAUGUUCCCAAGUUGUGGUGUGAUAAUCUUGGUGCUACAUACAUGUGUGCAAAUCUCAUAUUUCAUGCGCGUAUCAAACAUGUGGAGAUUGAUUAUCACUUCGUUAGAGACAGAGUUGCCAAUGGAGACAUUCAAGUUCACUGUAUCUCAACUAAAGAUCAACUUGCUGAUAUAUUUACAAAGGCUCAACCUGGUCAUAAGUUUUCUUUUCUUAGAGACAAGCUACAGGUCACAUCUGUACCCUGUGCUUGA